UCAUGAGUGUGUCCUUGGAUUUUGUGUGUGUGUGGUUGGAUUAGAGGCUUUAUUCCACUGUGCAGCUUUAGUGUGCUGCAUUUGGCUCAGAUCUGAACAGAUAGCAGAGAUGAAACGAUGAAAGAGCGAAACGGCUAGAGAAAGGAAACAGGAAUGAGUCGGUUAUCUUAUUAGAACGACUACAAGCCGUUUUGUGAGCUAUGUGAAGUAGUUCUAAGUGGUUUGUGUCAGUUGUGCGUGUGGUCAUGUGGGAACCGUGUCGCGUUUGUGGCGACCGCGUGCUCGGCGCACAGUGCCGGUGGUUGUUUGGUAAAUGUGGACGUUUGCGGCCUGCCGUGGUUCUGGCCCGUGUUUUGGGGUGCAGUCUUCCUCGAGAUGUGAGCGACGAACACCUUUGUGGAAAGUGCACGUUCCUGCUGGAGCGUUUGGCGCAGUGCGACAACGCCAUGGAAGACCUGCAGAAUACCCACGCGGCGCAGUUGCAACGGCUGCAGCGGGAGAGAUCUAGACUGAGUGUGCUCAUAACGCAGAAAUACUGGCGGAAUAACGCAGAAGAACAGGAUCGGUGCAAGAAGCAGAAAACCGGAACAAACCGGGAGUUUCAGAGCCAAUCCGCACGCGACCACGGCGCGGUACAGCUACAAAAGAAAAGUGAAUCGAAACAGUGGCGGAAUGAGGUCAAGCACCCUGAGUGGCCAGAAUGGCAAUGGAAUAAAAUGCAGCGACGCCUCAACGGAGGAAAUACAAGGACCACACGUCCUGGGUCAAAGAUCGGCGUUUCGAAGGAGAGCGAAGGCCAACGUCGGAGAAUUAAUCAGACUCCGUUGAGGCGCAGUGUCUCGCUCAGUUUUGGGCGGAGGCUAUUGGCUCAGAAUUCUACGGUGACCAGGUUUAAAGCAGAAAGUAUCGUGGGAACCGGCGCUCCUACGCCAAGCCACGAGUAUUCCGAUCUCAUCCUCAGGAAGGGCACUUUAACGUCAUGCGCCAUUUCUCUCAGCCCCACUCAUUCUAUCACUACACCCCCACGCCUCGGGCAGACACGGCCACUCAGCAGCUCGUUGUUGCCAUUAGGUGAUUUACUGCAGAUGCUGCGGAGCAUUAGGCCUCGCCCACUGCCAUGGACUGUGGGCACUCGGAUUCCCGUCCAAUUAAAACCAUGUGGUGUGUCUGGACAUGCCGGUAUGGGUAAGGCCAGACUGGCGAGGGCGGAGCAAGCUGUGAGAGAGUUGGAGGAGGAGUUUAAUGAUGAAUACUUGGCUCUUAAACCAGAGGUACACUCUUUAAACUACAUGACGUUUUGUGUGUGUGUGUGUGUGCUGUAUACGUAUACGUGACUUCCUGUUUAUAAAAUCAGCGUCUGUCAAACUCACAGGUUUCUGUAUCAUACAGCCGUCGUCAAUAUAGACUGACUUCCAUAGGAUGGAUUGAAUCUAAAUCUCAGUAACUUAAAAAGCAAUGUAAAUAGUGUUACUAAUGCCAGUUGCAAGUUUACUAAAACUAUCGAAUACAAUAAAAAAAGAUUUAAUAUCUAUAAUUUAACAUUUAGAAAGACUGUUUAGGUUCUGUAGGUACAAUGUUCAGAAAUAAAAAGGCAUCAUGGAUUUAACAAACAAAUAAAUACGAUGUGUCGUUGUACAUACAGUAUGUCACGUGUUUUUAAUUCUUAUACAGUUGUCAUAACGGUCCGUGGGAGACCCGGCAAUCUCGUGAUCGUGUGUUUGCGUGUGUG